UCGUGCUGAGCAGCUGGGGGGGUCGUCUAUACGUGCCGCCCCUUCUGCAGUUUCUUGUGGUUUUGGAGCCUGCUAGGCUGCUAUUCAAUGGCUCGAACAAGUAAGCUCCAGAGGUUUUGAUUGUUUCUUCUGUGGCGUUUGUGUGGAAGCUGCCACACACACUCCAGAACAACAACGGCUUUUGCUUGCAUUUUCCAGUGUUUCUUUUGUCAGCAAGUUCAGCAAAGUUGUAAUUCUUCAAGUGCCAGCCCUGAUCAGAGUGAAGAACUGGCCACAGAGAUGGUAAAAAUGACAAAAUCCAAAACGUUCCAGGCUUACCUACCAAACUGUCAUCGGACCUACAGUUGUAUCCACUGCAGAGCCCAUCUAGCCAAUCAUGAUGAACUAAUUUCCAAGUCCUUUCAGGGAAGCCAGGGGCGAGCCUACCUCUUUAAUUCAGUAGUAUCUAUUAAAAUCCUUUCAAGGGUGAAUGUGGGCUGUGGUCCUGCGGAAGAGAGAGUUCUUCUGACAGGCUUGCAUGCAGUAGCAGAUAUUUAUUGUGAAAACUGCAAAACCACUCUUGGAUGGAAAUACGAACAUGCGUUUGAAAGCAGUCAGAAAUACAAAGAAGGAAAAUUCAUCAUUGAACUUGCCCACAUGAUCAAAGACAAUGGCUGGGAGUAAAUGGGAACACUUCUCUCUCUCUUUGGACAAUUAACCUGUGGAACAUGCUUUAUAAAGACUAAUGCAAAAAGGAUUUUGGUCCGGCUGGCUGAGAAAAUCGCUGCGUUUUUGAAACCUCCAAACUGAGUAGUGUAAUUUUGUGCCCCCCUCCCUUUCCCCAAAAGGCCAUCUUUUGCCUUUUCCUCUUUGUGUAAGUUUCCCUCUUUUUGUAUAUGUAUUCCUGUGUGAACAGUUGUUUUGGAUCGACUUUUUCUACAAACUAGAGGAAUAAUUCCCUAAUUUCAAAUUACUUUUAAUAGCUAGCGCUCUCUUUUGAACUGUGCUUUUUAAAUGCUCCUUCCUUCUGUGCAUGCUUUUUUGCCCAUCACCUGCCCCAGGAUUUUGUUGAAGGCCUGCGUGAACAGUCCUAGAGAGAAUGUAAGGCAUGUUCCUUCCCCAUGACCCCAGACAUAGCAAUUUCUGUGCUCUCUUUGCAGUGAGAAGGACAUAACUUUGUAGUAACCAUUAGUUCUUUUCUUUUUCUUUUUUAAAGUACUGCAGCUUGUGUGUAUCUUUGGGCAGGUUGGUUAAAGGUUUAGUCAAUUGUAACUGGCUGAGGUUUAUAAAUCCUUGCUUUUAUUUAAAGAAAACGAGAAGCGAGGGUGGAAUAAUAAUUUACAAGGUCAACUAACUUAUAAGGUCUGACCGAAAUCAAAACAUUCCUAAGAAAGUUAAACUUUGCUCUUUUAAGAAAGAAUGUCUUAGCAAAGUUUUCAAGAUCAAAGGAUGCAACUAUAUGCAGCUCUUAUUUUUAAUGUCAUGUAAAAUGUCUCGGUACUGUACCUUUAACAGGGACUUGUACAUCCACUGAAGUUUUUAUGGCUGGUUCCAUGUAGCUACAUAGUUUUUAAUGCACUGGAUAAAGAGGUUGAUAUCAGUGAAGUGAUUUGCUCUUGCAGUCCUUAAACACACAGGAUUAUUUUUGUGUGUGAAAGUGGCCAGAGCCUCUAGCUGUUACCUGUGGGAGGUUGGAAGUUGGGGAGCAGGUAAAAAAAAAUGCAAAUUGACUUCUUCAUGCUAGGUUUUUUAAGGGCCGUUUGAUUUGCUGGCUGAAUCAUCCCUGAGCACAUUUUGUAAUAAACAGUUAUGUGAAAUAA